AUGAAGCUUUUCCGGUUUUUUAUUGCAUUUCUGCUGAUAUUGUAUGUGACAUGUGAAACUCUUCAAGAUCCUUAUAAAAUUCUCGGAUUAACGAGAAAAUCCACUCAAAAAGAUAUCAAAAGAGCUUAUAAAGCUUUAGCUAGAGAAUGGCAUCCUGAUAAGAACGAAGACCCGGAUGCCCAAGAGAAAUUCGUUGCGAUCUCAAAAUCUUACGAGCUUUUAUCUGAUCCUCUGAAGAAAGAGAGAUAUGACAAGUUUGGAACCUUCGAUGAUUCGCCUAUGCCUGAUUAUCAUCACUAUGGAGGUUUUGAUCAAUUCUUCGGUGGAAGCGAAGAAAGCUUUUUCAACAAGCAAAGAGUAUCGUUGAAGCAAUACAUGCAUACGAUAUUAGGCAGAAGCCAUCAGCAACCUUUUUUGUUUUUUGCUUAUUCAAAUUACUGCCAUAUGUGCUUCCGGUUGUUGGAUCAAUGGAAAUCGGUCACUGAAGACUUGGAACCAUUAGGUUAUGGAAUCGGAUCAGUAAAUGCGUUCACCGAUGGAAAUUUGCUCGAAAAACUGCGAGUGACUCAAUUACCUCAAAUCGUGGCUGUUGUAGAGGGAAGAGUCAUUCCUUUCCGAGAGAAUGCUAUGACCAUAACAGCCAAAAAAGUUCGGGUGUUUGCCAGGGAUAUAAUUCCUAAUACUUACUUUGAAAAAAUCAACAAUCAUGGCAGUCUUCGCCGCUUUGUUGACACUUGGACUGCUACAAAUAAGGUUUCGAUUCUUAUUGUCGGUGCUGCCUCAGAGCCGAGAUUGCGUUAUCUCCUCACGGCCAUGAAAUAUUCCGCGUUCGCCAAAUUUGGUUAUGUUCAUAAUGCUGCCAAUACGGAAGAAGUUGAUUCAUUGAGGAACGCAUUGUCCAUCAAAUGUAAAGAUUGUGAAAAUGUUUUAAUUUUCAACGAUACACCCGAGAAUGGACCUGUCUCUCGAUUGUCCAUCUCCAAUAUCAAUCAACUAACCGUGGAGAGUCUGCAUAGUUUGAUUGAAACUAACAAGUUCUUAGCUUUACCCAGGCUAUCUUCCAUGGAUUACUUCGAUGAGAUCUGCCCUGUCAGCUCUCGAAACCCCAGGAAUCUGUGUGCCAUUCUUCCUGUAUUUGAUACUGAAGAAGAAAAAGAUUUUGUUGACUCUUGGAGAACUUAUGCCAUUAACAGUUACAAUAGAUGGAGCCAAAUGAAAUUGCGCCUUGUAUAUAUUUAUGCCAAUAAGCAGUCCGAAUGGUUGAGACCAUUCAUUGAGAAACGAGGACCUGAACAAGUGUCUCCAACUGCCAGGGAUAUUCUAGUCAUUUGGCGAACUGAGCAUGUGAAGGCUCGAUUCGUAUGGUUGCCCUCCAUUUGGAAUGGUGUUGAAGAUACGCUCAAUAAAGUUUUUGUUGAGAUUCUCACUCAGAGAAUCAAAUUGUCUGAAGAGUGCCAUGUUUCUAAUUUGAAAGACGAGUUUGCUCUUUCUUGGUGGACAAGAGGAUGUCGAACAUUCGUGAGAAUGAUAGAAUCCACCUGGUAUUAUCUCUCCAAGGAAGAGGCUUAUCCCCUCUUAUCCGGCGUUGCCACUCUGGUAGUCAUUCUACUUAUUGGGUAUGGAUUGAAUUACAUGAACCAAGACGUCAAAUAUAGGAAGAAAGUCAGAACAUACCCUGAAGACUGGCAUCCAGAUGAUCCUCAAUUACAUCCAGACGCAGUCGCUUCUCGGCGAGCCAGAUAUCUCCGAUAUAUGUCGCCUUCAAUACACGAGCUUAGGGCAGAGAGUUAUUUUGGAAUGAUCCGCUUAUUGAAGCCUGGAUGUCGAUCCUUAAUUGUAUUGGUGGACGAAAGUACGAAAGACCAGCUUUUACCUAUUUUCGCUGAGGCCGUUUAUCCGCUCAGAAACAACAAAACUUUUUCAUUCGGUUAUUUAAUGGUAAACAAGAAUUUGGAGUGGUUUGUAAGCUUAUUGAAGCUCAUAAUCCCAGACGGUUACAACGAGACUCACUGCGUGGACCGUCUUAAAAAAAUUGAAUCCAACCGUGUUGUUGGAACCGUCCUUUCAUUAUGCGGAUGGAAAUUGUAUUAUUGUAUAUACCAUCCGAUGCAUGAUACGGAUUGGGAUUAUAGUGAAUCCGAAUAUUUUGCCGAUAUAUUUGAUGAUUAUGAGGAGAACAACCAGAAGACCAUGUUGAGGAAGCGUAUGCAUGAGUUAGCCUCAACUGAUCCUGAGAUCGUCCUGAGUGAAUUCUCUUCAUGGAUUGAUCAACUACUAGAGGGAACUGUUAGAAGGUAUUAUAUUCCAGAAUGGCCGGAUAAUCUUCGUUAG